GAACUACUCAUACGCACACACACAUACACACAUAAAUACACAUGGCGACCACAGGAGCGAGCUCAGACGGUUUGGCUCCACACACGCACAGGCACUUAAGUCAUCGGCACAGGCUCUUCAUCCUAUCAGGCCCUACUAUCUAUCUAUCUUAUCUCAUCAGUAUACUAACUCACACCAAAACCCUCCCGCUCUCGAUAUCAAAGUGCCCCAGCACAUGGCGCCACAUCGGCAUCGACACAGGGAAUCGGACGCUCAGCGGGGCAGGGGCAGCGGCGGCAGGGAUUUCUGUCGUAUACAGAUGGAUCAACGCCUUCGCCACCCACAGCCGGCCAGCCGCACUGUCCUCAGGUUGGAGGCCGCUGACAUACACACGAAGACACCUCCUUGUGAUGUCUGCUCGAUGCUGCUCGGGAAUGUCACCGUCGAGCAGCGACCGAUAGACACUGUCUUGAACGGUCAUGGGCGCCCGCAGCGAGAUCCAGUGCCUCAUCCCCAGGGUGUCCAGGAGAAAGGCCGAGAAGGAGAGAUAAACCCAGGGCCCCCAUCGGACGACUGGGUCACUCUGCUGGUACCCCUCAGCAAAGCGGUGAUUCACCGGGAGAUCACCCAACGGCACCACACGCAAGAGCACCCGACGGAACGAACGAGUUCCGAUUGCAUACAGCCGAUUCUUGAGCGGCUGCAGCGUGAGGCUGUAUCCGUUGCAUGUCAGCUGAUGUGAAAGCAGCUGAUAGAUCGCCACAGUGAGGGGCACCGAAUCAAAGGCGGCCCGGCUGUGUAGGUGAGCCACUGACAGCACCAGGGGCAGCCCAUUGGGGGUCAGCCGACAAAUGGCGGCCAGCCGGACAGCCAUGCCCAUCACACGCCACUCACUGCCGCCCUGCUCCAGCACAUAAAGGCAUCGCACCAAGUAGCCCAAGCGCGUCAGCCGUCGGCCGGUCAACCGUCUUGUGUAUGCCCUCAGCCGCUGCAAGCAGCCCAGAAUCACGCCGAUAAGGCCGCCGAGCUGAUUGAGAGAGGGCGUGGUGCGGUCGAUGUCGAUGAGGCCAGUGAGUCCAUGGCGGCUGAGGAGGGCGUCGAUGCGCUGCAGAAGCAGGUCCGCCGUGAUCACCGCUGCGUGUGAUCUGUCGGUGGCUCGAGCGGCAACAAGCUCACAGACGGGAAGGCACGGCAGCACCCCGCUGCGCCACAGCGGAUCAUCAGCAGUCAUGGAUGUGGGCGUCAUAUAUGGAAGUCGCCAGGCGUCGAAACAUGGAUGUCACAGCCAUUGGAAG